UUGACAUUUUAAUUUGAUAAACAGAGCAGAGAAGUUAUUCUUUAGAGUUUUGCUAUAAAUUCAGAAUCAAUUACCUAUUGAUACAAAAAUCUCACUAUGCAGAAAUAUGAGAAGCUGGAGAAAAUCGGAGAAGGCACAUACGGAACAGUUUUUAAAGCAAAAAAUAAAGAAACCCAUGAAAUUGUGGCACUUAAGCGUGUAAGAUUGGACGACGAUGACGAAGGGGUUCCAUCGUCCGCAUUACGGGAAAUAUGCCUUCUCAAGGAGUUAAAGCACAAGAAUAUCGUGCGUUUAUACGAUGUGCUGCACAGUGAGAAAAAAUUGACUUUAGUAUUCGAACAUUGCGACCAGGAUCUGAAAAAGUAUUUCGACAGUCUGAACGGUGAGAUAGAUUUGGAUGUGGUAAAAUCGUUCAUGUACCAACUUCUUAGAGGCCUCGCAUUUUGUCACAGUCACAACGUGCUUCAUCGCGAUUUGAAGCCGCAAAAUUUGUUAAUCAACAAAAAUGGGGAGCUAAAACUGGCAGACUUUGGCCUGGCUAGAGCAUUCGGCAUCCCAGUGAAGUGUUACUCGGCAGAGGUCGUCACACUCUGGUACAGACCUCCUGAUGUAUUGUUUGGAGCUAAAUUGUAUACAACAAGCAUUGAUAUGUGGUCUGCCGGAUGUAUAUUUGCUGAGCUGGCUAAUUCUGGAAGGCCUCUGUUCCCUGGGUCUGAUGUUGAUGACCAGCUUAAGAGAAUCUUUAAAUUACUGGGAACACCAAAUGAAGACACCUGGCCAGGUGUCACUCAACUGCCUGAUUACAAACCCUUGCCAGUGUACCAACCUAGCUUAGGGCUAGCUCAAGUUGUCCCACGUCUACCAGCUAGAGGACGAGACCUGCUUUCUCGGCUGCUUACAUGUAAUCCAGCAUUGAGGAUGCCAGCUGAUGAUGCUAUGGCACACGCUUACUUCCACGACUUGAACCCAUCCGUCAAGAAUGACAGAUGUUAACAAUCAAUACACCCUUACCGGUGUACCUCUGAACUGUUAUUUAGUGAUAAGAAUCAAGACAUUGAUGAGGUAAAACAGUGUUGUGACGAAGACUCAUAAGUUUGUAGUUCUAAAUGUAUUUUAGCACUGUUCCUGAGAAUAGGACUUGGGCUGUACUUUGUAAUUAACAUAGAAAUAAAAAGAAUAAAACUGCACAUAAUGCAAUUAAUUUACAGCAUUAUUUAUACAUAUAAAUAGGUAUAACGGAUUUUUGCCAAAUAUUAUACAGCCUGAGUGCCUGCUCAAAAGGAACAUCAGGCAAAGUAUAAUACAUUCAUGUUACACACAUUAAGGUCUGUUUAUAUCUACAGAAACUGCGUCACAGACAAGUAGGGUUGCAGACACCCACAGAGAGACACGUAAAGUCCUUUUCAUGAAAGAAGUCUCUAAGAUGCGGCGCUAAUGUCAUAAUGGCGCUCAUUGUCAUUUGGUAAUGGCAAUUAUUGACAAUUUUAUUUCAGGUUUUAGUCUCGUGACUAAAACUUCUUUCAUUAAAAGAGCUCUACAGACAAAAUCUUUCCUCGAUUACUGGCCGGACGCAACCCGUGUCUGUCAACGUCUGUUCAGCCAUGUUACAAUAGAUAUAAAUAUGUUAAUAAAACUGUAUAGAAGAAUAUUAUUUUGUCUGCCACGGCACGUGUCUGGCACGCUAAAUGUAUGUAGAUAUAAACGGAGAAUGUCUCUAGAUGUAUUUCGGUGUCCCUUAGUGUUAGAGGUGUGUGACAUGUUUUUUGACUGUGCCAUCAGUAAAGUUGCUUAUAGGCAUUCAAAAAAUAAUGUUGGUUUAUUCUCUGUUAAAUGUUAUUUUGCUGUUUUUAUUAUAUUUAUUUUUAUGUUGUGUAGUUUGAUAGUCACUAGAAAUGUAGUAAUUUAUAUCAUUAUUUUUAUUUUUUUAUUUGAUAUAUUUUAUUACUAUUUAUUGAGUAAUUUAUUUCUGAACAUUUCGGAGACAAGUUAUUUAAUUAAAUUACUACAGUUGAAAUAAUUGUCUAUUUCUAAAAAUUAAUCUGUUCAUGUUGUGCAUUAUUAUUAUUUUUCAAUUUGUUUCAUUUUAACAGGUAUAAUAUUGACUGGUAUUUCAUACAAUACUGCCAUGUUUCUAACUAACUAGCUAAAUAUACAAUAAGUAAAUUGAAACAUACUAAGAAUUUUAUUACAAUUUCAUGUUAGUAUUUUGUUAUCUGUAGCCAUUGUAUAUGAAUAAGGAAAGGUGAAACAUUUAAGUCGUAAAUUGCUCCAAAAUGUAUGAUCUCAUAAGAAUUUGCUAAGCCUAAAAUAAUACUGUUUGAAUCCUAAUGGAUUCAUAGUACAUUAAGUUACUGUAGUAAAUGUAAAACUUUUUAUAAUCAAAAGUUAAUAAAUGUAAGUAAAUUAAUAAAA